ACAUCUUCCAUUACAAAAGAAAGGCAUUAACCCACUUCCUUGCGCAUCGCUGCUGCCUCCGCUCCACCAGGGCGCACUGCCGAGGCUCCGUCUGUUUGAAUUCUGUGAUUUUUAUCAGGCUGCCAGAGAAACUGGAGUACUGCUAUUGUGCGUGCGUAUAUGUAUGCGUAUUUAUGCCAUAGGUUUAAAUAUUACCCACACAAGUGUACGUUUUUCAGGUCGAAAUGCAUCCGGUGCGAGUGUCCAUUCCGUCGUUUCGUUCAGAAACCAACUCAAUCGAGAAAGGAUACACGGUCUUUAAAAUUGACGUGUUGUGGAAUGGCAGACAGCACACUGUAGAGAAACGCUACAGGGAGUUCCAUGCUUUGCAUAAAAUGCUAAAGAAGAGCAUAAAGCCUCCUGAGAUCCCUUCAAAACAUGUUAGAAACUGGGUUCCCAAAGUCCUGGAGCAGAGGAGGCAGGGUCUGGAGCUGUAUCUGCAGACUAUAAUUAUGGAAAAUGAGGUUCUACCAAAGAUAUUUCUGGAUUUCCUGAAUAUCCGCCAUUUUCCUUCAGUGCCAAAAACAGAAAGCUGUGGGUCAUUUGAUACAGAAUCUGAGGAAUCAAGUAAACUUUCACAUCAGCCAGUCCUGCUGUUUCUGAGAGACCCCUACCUGCUGCCCUCUGCACCCAAUACGUUUUCUAAUGUUGUGAUUGAAGGCGUGAUACAAGGAGUUUUCUGCCCAGAUCUUCAGCUGAGGUAGAGCUGCGGGAGCAUCACUAUGAACAAAUGCUUCAUAUUUUCACACCAUUUUAGGUGUGCAUCAGCAAGGACGUAACGUGAGGAUACACUGCGCCUCAUUAAUAUUUCCUAGAGCAUAUAACAAAAAUCCUUAUUUUUUUACAGAAGGGGAUGUCUAAUAUUUCACUGGCACUACAUUUUGAAGCAUCAAAUUACCAUCAGCUGUAAUCCAAUAAAUUUACCCUCAUAAGAAAAUAAAUUACAUUGUAUAUGAAACAGACAAGUUAGCUUUGAGACAUUAUAGCCAAGGUAAUUAAGAAAUAGAAGUGUAAUAAAAUAUGUUUACUUUCUUAAGCAUGCAAUGAGCAUCCAGACUCCACUGGAAAUAGAAAGAAGCUAAUCAGAGCAGGGGAGACUUGAAGUAUUCUUAUCGCCAGAGGAGCGAGCCCAGCGCUGGAGUAUGCAUACAGGGAGGUGCCACCCCGCUUCUAACACCAGUGAUGUUGUUUUAAAAUUUGAGUGCCAAAGGGUGCCGCCUGGGGAAGUGCAGCCAGACAACGUGGGUGAAUUUUUGAAGAGGGUGUUUGUACAUGCUGGUGGAGUUGACAGCUGUGUGCCACAUGACAGGGUGGAAGUGGUUUGAGCAGUAAUACAGGUGUCUUUCGUUAACCAUGAGAUGAGUGUGACAGACCGCUGUAGUGUUAGUGUGCUCUGUGAGGCUACUAGGAGAGCAGCUCAAUUUGGUCAGGUGAUGAGCUUGAGAUUUUGGACAUGAAGCCGCUUUGAAAUCUAAUGACGACAGACGGAAAUAUGCAGCACAACCUUCGAGUGAGGAAAGAAGUGGAAAUGAAAAAGAAAAUGGAUGUUUGUAGAAUAAUUGAGAGGAUUAAGGGGACUUGUCCAUUUCUAAUUUAUGCUUUCUUGUUACUUCACUUGCAUUUUGUCCUCCCUCUGCAGCACUUGCCACCUAUGACAUGAGGGUGACAACAGUCUAUUGGAACCGUUUGAAUUGCUAUUGCCAUCACACACUACGUACAACAUGAUAGAAAGGGAUGAAAAGUGUUUAGUUUUACAGACAUUAGUAAAACAAGGCCUGGAGGUUUAGAACUUAAAACGAGUAACGUAAUGUGCAAUAUUAACUGAAAUACAAAUACUGUUUAUGUCCUUCCCUGUAAAUGAUUGUGUGUAAAACUACAACCCUUCCCCUGUUCUGAACACUAAAUAACUUGUAGUGAAACACUGUCAUGUCAUGUCAUGGACCCCCACUGCAACAUAGUGAUUACUACAUGUUAAAUGAUUAAAGAAUUAACUAAUUAUGAUUUUAUGUUUUAACAAAGGCAUUUCCUAGAAAUCCAUCUUGUAGAUUUAUAUGUAUUUAUACUGUGUAACAGUAGUGCUUAUGUGAAAGGUGUGAUUAAUGUGCCAUAAUGAUGACUAGAGUAAACACUGGAGUUCUGCUGUAGCACUUUAAGAUGAGUGGUACAGAAAAUACUGACACCAAUAAAAUCCAUUAUUUCCAGUCAUUUGUCAAAAUGAAA